AUGAGUGCGACGGUGGUACCGGGCUCGUCCUCUCCAAGGAAUCUGCCCAUUUCCCGGAUUUCUCGGGCCUGUGAAGCAUGUCGUGCUCGGAAGGUCCGCUGUGACGGUGCAAGUCCCUGUGCCAAAUGCCGUAGGACAAAUCGCCAUUGUGAGUACCGCUCACCAAGGCCAGAGCCACGAUCGACCCGCAAAUUACUGAGAGCUCUUAAUACGUCUCGGCCAAGAUCUUCUGGCGUACUUCCAUCCAUAGCCCCGGUCCGCAAUGACCCGGUGCACUUCAAAAGACAACGAGAGUUGCGAGCGGGCAUCGGAAUAUCAAAUGUCGACACCGGCUCAUUCCAGUAUUACGGCCCUUCGUCCCACUUCUGCUUUAUUCAACGCAUGUACCAACGUAUUCAGCAAAGGACCGAUGCAUCCCUUCUAACCCCCACCGAUUCUGUCCCCGAUGGCGUCCGAAAUUGGAAACUCGAGCGAUUCAUGUUCUCCGUCGGGGUGGACAGCAACCCUUCUCAAUGCCCAGCAGCGUCGUACUUUCCCCGAGAUUUAGGAGAAUCAUUCAUCGAUUCCUACUUUCAUAUCGUUCAUCCGCAGGCACCAGUUCUUGUAUAUUCGGAUAUAGUACAAUCAUGGGAUAAUCUUUGGAAACCACCGUGGGAGCGGCGUAACACCAAAGGAGACGAGAUACUGUUUAUGGUACUUGCUAUUGGAGCCCGAGUAUGCAGUUCCGAGGGAAAACAGAACACUCGGUCAUCUGAAGGCUGGGCACAACAUUUCUCAGAAAAGGCAAACCGUUUGAACGCUGCAUUCGAAGAUAUCAGUCUGUCCUCUACCCACUUUAUGCUCCUCAAAGCGGUAUACGCCUUCCAGGUCAUGAGGCCCAACGAGGCGUAUCUCUAUCUCGGACACGCCGCUCGGAUCGCGAUGGCUCUUGGUAUUAACCGAUUGCAAGUCGUUGAUGGGGUCAAUGCUAAAGCACAUCGAUUAAGGCUAACAUUUUGGACUAUAUAUGCUCACGAACGCUCAUGUGCUCUAUAUACCGGGCGCCCAUCUGCGUUUCGUGACGAGCUUAACGACAUACCGUAUGUAGAAGACUUUCCGGUAUCAGACACACUCGAAAUGCAUUCCGCAAGCUGGCUUCACCUGAAGCCGUCUAUGGAUUGCGGAUUUAUACGAGCGCUCGCUAAGCUUGCCGCAAUCAUAGAUCGAGUAUUGAUUGAAACAUACUCGCCUACCCAUAUUCCAUCAUUGCCCAAUGCCAUUAACAUCCAUGAGACUAUUAAGCAGUACGAAUUAGAGUUAGAGGCAAUCACUCACGACCUCCCGACACAUUUACAUUUCUUUGACGAGGACCUCCCCCUUGGGGAAGGCUGGCAAGAGAUACAGCGGAUGGCAUUAGGAAAUCAGUUUUAUUUCACGCGGAUGCUGAUCUAUAGGCCCGCUCUAGUCCUUGCAACUUUCCAUAACUCGCAACGUAAGACACAAGGACAUGUGCCGGAAGAACCACAGCUGUGUGACUCCAUCAGUGAGGCAAUAUCCUCGGCCCAAAGUAUCGUUCAACUCAACCACGAUGUGUAUUUUCAACGCUACCCUGAGGCUAAGUUUGACGGUACCUCGGCCACCGUUUUGGUCUCUGCGUGCGUGACCCUCCUCUAUGAUGUGUUAGACCCCAUGACGAUGUCGGACAAUGCAAGAAAGAUUUUUAUUGCUGUCGAGCGUGCGAUUAAGUGUCUCGAUCAAAUCAAGCAUAUUGGUCCGACCUGUGGGAAGGCUCUUAGCCUAGACGUCAUGAAAAUCGCUAAGGACACCUUGCAUUCCACUGGAGAAGGUGGUGGCUUAAGUGAAGAUCUGUUGAGCUCAUUCCCGUGGCUACAGUAUGGCAAUUCUGCCCCUCGUGAAAACGGACUUGACUCGAGGCCCGUAGAAGAUACCCUUCUGCAAGGAGAGGAAUCAGCAGUACCGGCAUACAUUCCGAAUGACAAUCCUGCAAUGGGCACCUCGAUGGAUGCAUAUGAUUCGACGGACUUUCCGGCACCCGAGGUCCAUUACAUGUCCCAUUGGCUGGAAGCUGGCUUUGAUCCUGAAGACAUCCCGCACUGCUUAUACUAG